UAAAGAGUCACUUAUGUAAAUAUAAAUAAAACAGUUUAUGCAAAUAAUUGUGUGGUUUUAUAUGUGAAAUAUGCAUUUAUUUUAACUUAGUUGUUGAUAUGGUGUUAAAGUAAACGGAAGGAACAAAUAAAUAGCAUCAAGCCUCCAAUGGAAUGUUGCUUUUCUUUUAAGCUGCUUGAAAUAAGCUAAAGAAAUACAAAGGAUGAUAAAUAAUAUUAAUGAAUGCAAUUUAAGAAAUCUGCAAUGUGGAACUCAAUUAUAGUUGUGUUUAUAUCUGUGCUAACAUCUGUGCUGUCUCGUAAUGAGAAAAAUGAUCCAAGGAACAAUGGGGAUUUGGCACUUUGGAUUGAUGAAAAGCAAGUCAAAAUGUUCAGUGGUUUUCCCAUGGAAAUCUACGCAAUAGCAAACGGGAAUGUGUUGCCUUACAUUCUGGACCCGAAUUUCGAAAAGCACCUGCCAGUCAUUCCGUCGGAAGUGAGCUACGUGAACUUCACAUGGAAAGCCGGUGGUAAAAAGUACCACUACAACUUCGACCGUCUCCAAUCCUACGACGAAAGCAUACUCCAAGCCCCCCUAAUCUCGAUCAAAACCAAAGGACGAGUGCCCAAAAAGCCCAAGGAAUUCAGCAUAUUCCUCCCGUGUCUGGGCAACAACUCGGGCAUCGCCAAGUUCGGCAUAGGACUGCUGAUCGAAAAGAAAGGCAAACCCCUGACCGGCACUCCCCUAAGACUGAAGCUGCGCAAGGAGUGCGCACAGAGAAGUGAGCCCCCAAAUAUCUUUGAUUUAACGAAUUUUAACGUUAAAGUUUCAGGCCCGGAUCCCGAAUGCGACAAGAAGUGUGCCAACCAGGGCUGGUGCAACCACGAAAAGAUAUGCCAGUGCCAGGAGGGCUACAUGGGCCAGUACUGUCGCACCGCCCUGUGCUAUCCGCAGUGCAUGAACGGCGGCAACUGCACCGCACCCGGCGUCUGCAGCUGCCCGCCCGGUUUCCAGGGCAGGCACUGCGAGGGCGGUAUAUGCAAUCAGAAGUGCCUCAAUGGCGGGAAGUGCGUACAGAAGGACACGUGCGAGUGCUCCAAGGGGUACUACGGACCCCACUGCGAAUUCUCUCGUUGUAUAAUCCCUUGUCUGAACGGCGGCAAGUGCAAGGCGGUGAACAAGUGCAAAUGCCCCAGAGGAUUUAAGGGCGACCACUGCGAAAUAGGUAGGGCCAAACCGCACAGAAGCAACUGCAAGCUGGUGUGCAAGCACGGCACGUGCGUCGACGAUGCUUGCGUCUGCGACUCGGGUUGGUACGGUAGGUUGUGCCACCACAGCAAGCAGAUAUAAUACGCAGUUUUGCCGUUUGGCCAGUUUUUUUUUUAUUUUUAUAUAUCUUAUUUUUAUAUGUACUAUGUAUGUAGUAUAAGUUCACAAUGCAAUAAGAGAGAGGCUUAUUCGUAUAUAUAAUACUCAAAAUUGUUUUAGGAAUCUCAUUAGUUAUGUAAUUCAAUUGGGAACAAAUUUUGUUCAUGACAAUAAUUUUAUACGUUGACGAUAUGCCAAAUUUAGUAUUAAUGUUAAGUUUUAAUCAAGUUAAAAUAGCUUCUACUGAACAAAUGCAUUUUAUUGUAAUAAAUUUGUAUAUGGAUUUUGACUUGUGAAUAAUUUCGAAAUAUUGUAACUCAUGUUUAUUAUGUUGUAUGUUUUUGCUUGUGAUAAUAAUGUUAAUUACGAAAGUAUUUUUGAUAUGAAUAAAUGGUAUUCACAAAAA